AUGGAUACUAAAGGUAACUCCCGACUCCGAGGCCACCGAGACCAGUCUCCCCUAUCAUUGGAUCCGUUGAAGGUUCGCCCCAAGGGAAACUGUUGCUAUCACAUGAAGAACUGGUGCCACGAAAUGUACGAUGAUCUCAAGGACAUGGGCAAGAAUCUCAAGAACGCUUUCCGACCCGAUGAGGCUGAGGAGGCUCAACAAAAAAGAGAGAGGGACAUCAGAGAGUUCUUGAACUUGGAUAAACGCAAUCCUCGCGAUCACACCUUCCGUGUAUUACACCCUGAGCCUCAAAUGGUUGUGGGUUAA